AUGAUGUUUGCACGAGGUUCCAAGAUUGCUUCUUCUUUGGUCAGUCGGACGCCCACCACAAGCAGACUGAGGUCCCUAUCGACGGUGGAAAAAACAAAAGAAAAUACGCUCUAUCAGUAUGCAAUUUGUCCCUUUUGCAACAUUGUCAAGGCAACCUUGGAUUAUUCUCAGACUCCCUACAAUGCCAUUGAAGUGAAUCCCUUGAACAAGAAGGAAUUGAAAUGGUCGGAAGAAUACAAAAAAGUCCCCAUUGCUUCGUUAGAAGGCGACGUGAUCUAUGGAUCCGCCGAGAUUGUGGAAGGCUUGUUGACCAAACACAACGACAAAGAGCUGUGGCCACCGUCGAAACAAACGGAGAAAUGGACCAAAUAUGCGAUGGACGACUUGGCACCCCUUCUAUACCCCAACCUGUGCAAUACGUUGCCAAACUCGUACAAUGCUUUUGGGUAUGUGCAUGGCGUCGACACCUUUUCCACAGCCGAAAAGUAUUCGAUUCAAUACAUUGGAUCCCUUGCCAUGUAUUUUGCAGCUUCUAAGAUUAAGAAAAAGCGUGGAAUUGAUGACGUCGAAGAAGCACUGAGAGGAGCACUUGUGGAACUGGAAGAGCAUCUGAAACGAGGCUCGCCGUUUCUGAAUUCGGCUUCCAAAACCGAACCUGAUCUCGGAGAUUUGUUUGUCUUUGGAGUGCUGAGAGGAUUGGAAGGGCUUCCAGUACACGACAAAGUCAUGGUAGAAUUUGAUAGUAUAUCCAAUUGGUACCAAUCAAUGGAUUCCAUUGUGAAAGAACAAAAGAUGGGAACAGCAUAG